UAUUGGUAUGGGGUGGUUGGAUUCACUGUGGGGAGGAGGACGACGAAAGUUUAUUAAAAGGAAGGACAGUGAUGCAGGCGAAGCAGGUAGAGCACUGGAAGAGCUAAGAGCUUCUCUCUACAGUGAGCUCCGAACCUCAGAUGGAGCAAAGCGCCAACAGCAAAGAUAUUGUGGACCAAUGGUGGCAUUGUCCUUCAACUUUAUCGUUGCAGUUGGGAUUAUCAUGGCAAACAAAUUGGUGAUGGGGAAAGUUGGCUUCAACUUCCCAAUUUUCCUCACAUUUGUUCACUACAUCACUGCGUGGCUUCUCCUUGCCAUUUUCAAGGCACUCUCGGUGCUUCCUGUCUCCCCUCCAUCUAAAACAACUCCAUUCUCUUCUCUGUUUGCACUUGGUGCUGUUAUGGCUUUUGCCUCUGGCCUUGCAAACACCAGCCUCAAGUAUAACAGUGUUGGUUUCUACCAAAUGGCUAAGAUUGCUGUUACACCAACAAUUGUUCUUGCGGAGUUCAUCCUUUUUAGAAAAACCAUUUCUUCUAAAAAGGUUUUGGCUUUGGCUGUCGUAUCAGUAGGUGUAGCAGUUGCAACUGUAACAGAUUUAGAGUUCAAUUUAUUUGGUGCUAUAAUUGCAAUUGUUUGGAUAAUCCCAAGUGCCAUAAAUAAGAUUUUAUGGUCUACUUUACAACAAGAAGGAAACUGGACAGCUCUGGCGUUGAUGUGGAAAACUACCCCGGUCACAGUCUUCUUCCUAGGGGCAUUGAUGCCCUGGAUAGAUCCACCAGGAGUCCUGUCCUUCAAGUGGGAUGUAAACAACUCAACUACCAUUUUGAUAUCUGCUCUUCUUGGUUUUCUCUUACAGUGGUCAGGUGCCUUGGCAUUAGGGGCCACUUCUGCCACAACCCAUGUUGUUUUAGGACAGUUUAAAACUUGUGUCAUUCUGCUGGGAGGCUAUCUAAUAUUCAACUCAGAUCCUGGGGUUGUGAGCAUUGGCGGGGCUGUUGUUGCUCUCUCUGGAAUGACAGUUUAUACAACAUUGAACUUGAAAGAGUCUCAAGAAAAUACCAGCAAGCAGAUUCCUAAGCAAAUCUUGCCUUCAGCGAAGCCGAAAUCAACUAGUGAAGACAACACAGAUUUGAAUGUAAAUACUACCACCGUUGUUGUCUGA